AUGGCAUACGAUCAUCUCUCCGAAUAUUUUCGGGCAAAAGACACGAUCGUCCAGGCAGCAAACACUUCUUUGGCCCAGUGGAAAACGCCAUACAACUUCAGCAUUGAUGACAUUGUGGACGAGUUUUUUGGCACUUUGUACGACUGGAACAAUACUUCUUCUGUUGUGCUAAUCUUGCUCUACGUUCCUACUUUUCUGAUUGCUCUCUUAGGAAAUAUCCUCGUCAUUCUGACCGUGACUGGGAAGAAAACCCUCCGUCAGGUCCGGAAUUAUUUCCUGGUAAAUCUCGCUAUCGCUGACUUGACAAUCACCUUGCUGUGUAUGCCUACGUCGGUAGGAUCUAUUGUUUAUCGACUUUGGAUAUAUGGCGAAUUCCUUUGCAAGGCUACAACGUUUUUACAAGGAGUUGCUGUUGCCGCCAGCAUUUUUACUCUUAUGGCAAUGAGCAUUGACCGUUUCAUCGGUAUCAAAUUUCCCAUGAGCAAACGACGAGUUACGAAACCCGCGGAAGCCCUGAGCAUUAUUCUCAGCAUCUGGCUCAUUUCAGCACUCAUCAUGAUCCCGUUGAUUCUCGUGAGAGAACUCGAUGUCGUGACUUUGGAACACUUCGGAGAGAUCAAAUUUUGUCGUGAACAAUGGCGGACACGGGACAAUCGCCGAGCGUUUGGCGUGGCGUCUUUGCUUCUCGUAUACAUCAUCCCAUCAACGAUCCUGGCCGUGUGCUACGCCUGCAUCGGCAAGACGUUGUAUGACCGGAAACUAGAGCGGGUCAACUCCAACAGCAGCGUACAGACAGUCGAGUCACGCCAGAGGGCCGCGCGCAUGCUCGUCGUUCUCGUGGCGCUGUUCUUGUUGUUUUGGUUACCAUAUAACAUUAUCUCUUUGGCGAUGGAUAUAUCGGGAAGUUUUCCGCAGAUCGGGGUUCUUCUAUAUUCACUUUGGCUUGGACAUGCGCACAGUGCACUCAACCCCAUCAUGUACUGGUGUCUUAACGUGCGACUGAGGGAAGGGUUCCGGGGCCUGACGGUCUCCUGUAGCGGCAGAGCUUCACAUCAAUAUUGUACAUACUUCAAUCAGCCCAAUGUCCAGUCCACGGAAGGGCUGGACACGCCUUGUUCUAACCUACGCUUCAAUCGCUUCAAUAUCCACUCCAUGAAAGAGCUGGUCACGCUUUGUUCUCACCGACGCAUCAAUCGCUUCAAUAUCCACUCCAUGAAAGAGCUGGUCACGCUUUGUUCUCGCCGACACUUCAAUCGCUUCAAUAUCCACUCCAUGAAAGAGCUGGUCACGCUUUGUUCUCACCGACACAUCAAUCGCUUCAAUAUCAACUCCAUGAAAGAGCUGGUCACGCUUUGUUCUCGCCGACACUUCAAUCGCUUCAAUAUCCACUCCAUGAAAGAGCUGGUCACGCUUUGUUCUCACCGACGCAUCAAUCGCUUCAAUAUCAACUCCAUGAAAGAGCUGGUCACGCUUUGUUCUCACCGACACAUCAAUCGCUUCAAUAUCAACUCCAUGAAGAGCUGGUCACGCUUUGUGCUCACCGACACUCCAAUCAACUCCUUGUCCACUACACAGAAUAAUUUUAUACUUAAGUCUUUUUCUCACCUACACUUCACGCAUUUUUAG